UGCGUCCUCAGAUCAGACACGAGGGACAAUCGGCAGCGGCUGGUGUCCACAUGAAGGUGGACAGCGUGUGUGUGUGGACCUGAGCUCAGUUCAGCAGCAGGUGGCGCUCUGCAAUGAAUCAGAUCAAGGACAGUGAAGAGGAAGCUCCGCCCUCUAAAGCCACCCUGUGUGUGGAACAUGGGGCUCAGAGGACGAUCCAUCAACAGAGACCAGACUCUGCUGGACCUGAACCCAGCUGUGUAUCCAUGAGGAGUGACUGGUCCAUGGGUCGACCUGUGGACUUCAAACAAGAGCAGAGGGGAAUCCCUCAACGGGGACCAGACUCUACUGGAUCUGGACAUGGAGAGAAGAGAAUGAAGAGAAUAUCACCUAUAGAUCUUCUUGAUAACUUCAGAAAUAAUCAGAGGAGCCAUCAUGAAAAACCAGACUCUCCUGGACCUGGUCUCAGCUGUGUGUCUGUGAAGAGUGACAAGUCCAAAAGUCAAAUUAUUAACUUCAGAGAGAGUCAGAGAAACCAACAUGAAAAGCCAGACUCUCCUGGACCUGGUCCCAGCUGUGUGUCUGUGAAGAGUGACAGGUCCAAAAGUCAAAUUAUCAACUUCAGAGAGAGUCAGAGAGUUGAUCAGCAGAGGACAGAGGUUCUCAGUGGUCAGUCUGUCCAGCAGCAUGGAGCAGACCUGGACUCCAUAUUUAAGCUGCUGGAGGAGACCAUUAUCUGCUUUGUGAAGAACGAGCUGAAGACUAUCCAGAUGGUUCUGGGUACAGAUCACACAGAUGUCUUACAGGGGGAGGAUGAGGAGGUGCUGGAUGGUGAAGAUGAGGAGCAGAGGAGGAGCAGAGAGGCCUUUCUGAAGAUCACAGAGAACUUCCUGAGGAGGAUGAAGCAGGAGAAGCUAGCUGACUGUCUGCAGAGCAAAACCAGAGCUCCAGCUUGUCGACGUGAACUCAAAUCAAACCUAAAGAAGAAGUUCCAGUGUUUGUUUGAGGGCGUGGCUAAAGCAGGAAACCCCACCCUUCUGAAUCAGAUCUUCACAGAGCUCUACAUCACAGAGGGAGGGACUGGAGAGGUCAAUGAUGAGCAUGAGGUCAGACAGAUUGAAACAGCUUCCUGGAAACCAGACAGACCAGAAACAACCAUCAGACAAGAAGACAUCUUUAAAGCCUCAGCGGGAAGAGACGGACCAAUCAGAAGAGUGAUGACAAAGGGCGUGGCUGGCAUUGGGAAAACAGUGUUAACACAGAAGUUCACUCUGGACUGGGCUGAAGACAAAAGCAACCAGGACGUGCAGCUCAUGUUUCCCUUCACCUUCAGAGAACUGAAUGUGCUGAAAGAGAAGAAGUUCAGUUUGGUGGAACUCAUCCAUCACUUCUUCACUGAAACCAAAGAAGCAGGAAUCUGCAGGUUUGAAGACUAUAAGGUGGUCUUCAUCUUUGAUGGUCUGGACGAGUGUCGACUUCCUCUAGACUUCCACAACACUGAGAUCCUGACUGAUGUCACAGCGUCCACCUCAGUAGACGUGCUGCUGACAAACCUCAUCAGGGGGAAACUGCUUCCCUCUGCACGCCUCUGGAUAACCACACGACCUGCAGCAGCCAAUCAGAUCCCUCCUGACUGCGUUGACAUGGUGACAGAGGUCAGAGGGUUCACGGACCCACAGAAAGAGGAUUACUUCAGGAAUAGGUUCAGAGAUGAGGAGCAGGCCAGGAGGAUCAUCUCCCACAUCCAGACAUCACGAAGCCUCCACAUCAUGUGCCACAUCCCAGUCUUCUGCUGGAUCACUGCAAAGGUUCUGGAGAACAUGUUGAAAACCAGAGAUGGUGGAGAACUGCCCAAGACCCUGACUGAAAUGUACAUCCACUUCCUGGUGGUUCAGACCAAAGUGAAGAAGGUCAAAUUUGAUGGAGGAGUUGACACAGAUCCACACUGGAGUCCAGAUAACAGGAAGAUGAUUGAGUCUCUGGGGAAACUGGCUUUUGAGCAGCUGCAGAAAGGAAACCUGAUCUUCUAUGAAUCAGACCUGACAGAGUGUGGCAUCGAUAUCACAGCAGCUUCAGUUUACUCAGGAGUCUUCACUCAGAUCUUUAAAGAGGAGAGAGGCCUGUGCCAGGACAAGGUAUUCUGCUUUGUCCAUCUGAGUGUUCAGGAGUUUCUGGCUGCUCUUCAUGUCCAUCUGACCUUCAUCACCUCUGGAAGAAAUCUGUUUUCAGAGGAAACAUCAACAUUCCAGAGGUCCAAAUUAUUCAAAAUAAAUUCUGAACUGAAUCAUCUGCACCAGAGUGCUGUGGACAAGGCCUUACUGAGUCCUAAUGGACACUUGGACUUGUUCCUCCGCUUCCUCCUGGGUCUUUCACUGGACUCCAAUCAGAAGCUCCUAAGAGGCCUACUGACACAAACAGGAAGUACCUCACGGACCAAUCAGAAAACAGUCCAAUACAUCAAGAAGAAGAUCAGUAAAAAUCUGUCUGCAGAGAGAAGCAUCAACCUGUUCCACUGUCUGAAUGAACUGAACCAUCAUUCUCUUGUGGAGGAGAUCCAAGAGUCCCUCACAUCAGGACGUCUGUCCACAGAGACCCUGUCUCCUGCUCAGUGGUCAGCUCUGGUCUUCAUCUUACUCUCAUCAGGAAAAGAUCUGGACGAGUUUGACCUGAAGAAGUACUCAGCUUCUGAGGAGGCUCUUCUGAAGCUGCUGCCGGUGGUCAAAGCCUCCAACAAAGCUCUACUGAGUGACUGUAAACUCUCAGAGAGAAGCUGUGAAGCUCUGUCCUCAGUCCUCAGCUCUCUGUCCUCUAGUCUGAGACACAUGGACCUGAGUAACAAUGACCUGCAGGAUUCAGGAGUGAAGCUGCUGUGUGAUGGACUGAAGAGUCCUCACUGUUCUCUGGAGACUCUCAGGUCAGAACUCAGUUUGUUUGACAUGAUCUUUUGUUUAAUGUCUGCACAAUUUUCUGAGUCACUGAGUUCAUCAUGUCUUCUUAACUCCAGUCUGUCAGGUUGUCUGGUCUCAGAGGAAGGAUGUUCUUCUCUGACCGCAGCUCUGAACUCCAACCCCUCUCAUCUAAGAGAACUGGACCUGAGCUACAAUCAUCCAGGAGACUCAGGAGAGAAGCUGCUGUCUGCUGGACUGAAGAGUCCUCACUGGAGACUGGACACUCUCAGGAUGGACCAUGCUGGACCGCAGAGGUUAAGACCUGGACUCUGGAAGUAUUCAUGUGAACUGGAACUGGACACAAACACAGUGUACAGAGAACUCAAACUGUCUGACAACAACAGGAAAGUCACCAACGUGGCCGACUAUCAGUCGUAUCCUGAUCAUCCACACAGAUUUAAUCACUUUCCUCAGCUUCUGUGUAAAACUGGUCUGACUGGACGCUGUUACUGGGAGGUCAAGUGGAAAGGACAUGUCCUCAUAUCAGUCAGUAACAUGUCAAUCCAGAGGAAAGGCGACAGUUCUCAAGGUCUGUUUGGAGAUUAUGAUCAGUCCUGGAGUCUGAGAUGCUCUGAUGUCCGUGGUUACUCUGUCCGCCACCGCGCGAGAGAAACCUCCAUCGACUCUUCCUCUGUCUCUCACCGAGUAUCAAUGUAUGUGGACUGUCCUGCUGGGACUCUGUCCUUCUACGGAAUCUCCUCUGACUCACUGAUCCACCUCCACACCUUCAGGACCAUAUUGACUGAACCUGUUUAUCCUGGGUUCUGGGUCUCUUAUGGUUCCUCUGUGUCUCUGUGUUCUCCUUUGGAAAAGUGAAGCUAUCCAAUCUCUCUGAACACUGAUUAAUGACAAUAUAGGGCAUUCUAUUCUAAUUAGGAGGUGAAGUCUUGGGAACAGCUUAAGUCACGUAUUGGAUGAGGUAUCAGUUUGGUUAGGUACAGUACAGGACAUAUUUUCAUUGUUUCCAUAAGGAAUUGUCCCAAUAUGAUCAGCCACCAGUGUUCCAUUUUACAGCACCCUUCCUUUGGGGUACCAGAGUAAAAUGGGAGCCACCAACGACAGUCAGCUGAUUGGGCGCCACGGAUUUGCAACCGGUGUUUCUCCAACGCUCUCGGUCUGUGAAGACUGUCUGUCAUCCAGGUCAUAGUCGUCUUCUGUGGUUAGCUGUAGGGGACUGGACUUGCUUGAGUACGCAGCCCACACAACCCGCCUGACCCAGGACUGACCCUGACUGACCCUGACCCCCAUUCCAAACCAUACCAUACUGUACCAAACCCAACCGUACCCUGAUGGAAACACAGCAUCAGUGAUGUUUUAUGUUUUAUGUCGUAUUGUUUGGUGAUUCUGACAGAUACGAUCUUUGUGAUGCUCUGUCCUCAUGUUUACCGUUUGCAUGAGUCGUCUGUAACAAACUCUCUGUGUUACUACCAAAUAAAAUCAGAAGAA